UCCGGGACAAGACAAUACCAAUCCUUUAUUGUGAAGAAAGUCAAAACAUCUCAAGUUCAAGUAUCUUAGCCGCUUAGGAAAUGCGUGUUAUCUAUCAUCAUCCAACGAUUCUGAUGAACCUCCUCUCCUCUCCUCUGAGUUACAACAAUCUGAUAGACCAGAAAAAAAGGCUCAAAUUCCAAGAAUUCAGGAAAAUCAUGAUCAGAAGGUUGACUUUGGUUCUGCUACUGCAAACAAACUUGGGCAUUGAAGAGGGUCAAAUACUCAAUCUCCUUGGUAAUGUACACAAUUUUACUGUGGUUUUGGACGUAAAAUCCAAGAGGCACGGGAUAAAGAUUGAAUUUUUAUUUUAUUUUGUUGUGAUGUUUUUGACUCACGAAAAUGAGAUUGGUGCUAUAAAUUGUGGGUGGGUUGUUCACCGAACUGAUAAGCUCCAACCCAUGUUCCAUUUAUGAUCCUCAUAAAUUUGAUAAACAAAUCCUGUGUAUAAAGUUGGGAAAAAGAAGCAAACAGCCAAAUCAUUACAGCCAAGUUUUCCUAUUUUUCUGCAGCUUUGUGUGUUAUUACAAGAAUCCCUACAUUCACCAUGCUUUCUCAACUAAUCUCAUUUAUUUCCAUUCAUUAAAUGCUUGAAAUAAAGGCCACAGCUCUUCUCUCUGCACUGCAAGGAUUAGUUGUACACAGGGAGAGAGAGAGAGAGAGAGAGAGAGAGAGGGGUUGUAUGAAAAGAAAACCAUUGUAAUUAGUUUGUGGUGAUGGUAUUUGAUAUUUUGACAGAGUGGUUUCCUCUUUGGGUUGUCCUUUUGACUCUUGUGUCCUUAAAUCUCUUCAACUGCCUCUGGAAUGCAUUUAUGGUGGUUGCAUCUGAUUGUUUAAAGUGAGAUAAAAAAGAGUAAUUCAACCCCUUAGUUAUUACCCUUUUCAUUACAAUUCUCUUCUAUAAAUCCCCUUUUUCUCCUCAUAUUCUUUCACCUCUCUCUCACACAUACCUUCUUCCCUCCUCUUACAUCCUUUUCCCUUACACAACACAGAAACAAAACAUCCUCAUACAUCUUCUUGUUUUUCUAACAUGGAUAUCUCGUUAGCAUUGUUGUUAUUUACUGCCGUCACUUGUUACCUCCUCUGGUUCACCUUCAUUUCCAAAUCACUCAAGGGCCCGCGUGUGUGGCCCCUCUUGGGCAGUCUUCCCGGCCUCAUCGAGAAUGCCGACCGCAUGCACGACUGGAUCGCUGACAACCUCCGCGCCUGCGGCGGCACGUACCAGACAUGCAUCUGUGCCGUGCCAUUCUUGGCCCGAAAGCAAGGCCUUGUGACCGUCACUUGUGACCCCAAGAACUUGGAGCACAUCUUGAAAGCCCGGUUCGAUAAUUACCCCAAGGGCCCGACUUGGCAAGCCGUUUUCCAUGAUCUACUGGGCCAGGGGAUUUUCAACUCCGAUGGCGACACGUGGCUCUUCCAGAGGAAGACGGCUGCGCUAGAGUUCACUACUCGGACUCUGCGCCAAGCCAUGGCUAGAUGGGUCAACCGCUCCAUCAAGAAUCGAUUCUGCCCCAUCUUGAAGGCGGCUCAGCUUGAAGCCAAGCCGGUGGACUUGCAGGAUCUCUUGCUCAGGCUCACUUUCGAUAACAUUUGCGGCUUGACUUUCGGGAAGGACCCGGAGACGCUGGCUCUUGGCCUCCCGGAUAACAGCUUCGCGUCGGCUUUCGACCGAGCCACCGAGGCUUCCCUGCAGAGGUUCAUCUUCCCAGAAGUGAUAUGGAAGUUGAAGAAAUGGCUUCGGCUAGGAAUGGAAGUCAGCUUGAGCCGAAGCCUUGUUCACGUGGACGAGUAUCUAUCCGGUGUCAUCUGUACACGUAAGCUCGAGCUGAUGACUCAGCAGAAGGAUGCCAACCCACACGAUGACUUGCUGUCAAGAUUCAUGAAGAAGAAAGAAUCAUACUCGGACGAGUUCUUGCGAUACGUGGCACUCAACUUCAUCCUAGCUGGAAGAGAUACGUCAUCCGUCGCGCUGAGCUGGUUCUUCUGGCUGGUCAUCCAGAAUCCAAGGGUGGAAACCAAAAUCUUGAACGAGAUAUGCACGGUUUUGAUCGAGACACGUGGCUCUGACGUGGACAGGUGGGCCGACGAGCCACUCGCAUUUGAAGAAGUUGACCGUUUAGUAUACUUGAAAGCUGCAUUAUCUGAGACUCUUAGGUUGUACCCUUCGGUGCCGGAGGACUCGAAGCAUGUGGUGGCCGACGACAUUUUGCCGGAUGGUACAUUUGUUCCGGCGGGGUCGUCAGUUACGUACUCGAUAUACUCGGCGGGGCGGAUGAAGUCGACGUGGGGGGACGACUGCUUGGAGUUCAAGCCGGAGAGGUGGUUGUCCGAGGAUGGCAACAAGUUUGUGAUGCACGAUUCUUACAAGUUCGUGGCGUUCAAUGCCGGGCCACGAAUAUGUCUAGGGAAGGACUUGGCAUCUCUGCAAAUGAAAUCGAUAGCGGCGGCUGUGCUGCUCCGCCACCGGUUGACGAUGGCAGCUGGCCACAAAGUGGAGCAGAAGAUGUCAUUGACGUUGUUCAUGAGGCAUGGGCUUAAAGUGGAUGUUCGUGCAAGGGACUUAAGCCCAAUAGUUGCAAGUAUAAUGAAUAAUUAGGGGGCGGAGAGAAGUUGAUGAAUUGCAUAGGCGGCGGAGGAGUAGGGGUAGAUGUGGUGGUUGGGGUGGUUUAAAGCGGUGGUUGGAGUGAUGAUUAAGGAAAUUGUUGGGUAGGGUGGCUGUGGGUGGUUCUCUGACAAUAUUUGUGAGACAAAGUCACAUGCACGGAUGGGUGCGUGGCUUAAUUUUGGUUUGAAUGCAUGUAAGUAAAUAUGGUUCGGCUCCUCCUCAUGGGAUUCAUGUUUGAAGGUACAACCAUUCAUUGCGGGAAGAUGAAGAAAGGUGUGGAGCCAGCCAAUGUCUUCUCCUUUUUUGCCCUUCACUUUUUAAUUACAAAUUAUUCAUCUUUUUUUUUUU